AUGGAAGACCAAGGGUGCAACUAUCAAAGAGCGGAGAGUUUUCCACUCCCAGUUAUACUCUACAUAGUUUGCACAUCAAUUGAGGCUGUUGUUGGGAUGUCGUUGAAUGCUUUCAUUGCUGUAGUGAAUUGCAUUGAUGGGAUGAGAAAUGGAUAUCUGAAAUCCAUUGAUAAAAUCUUGACUGCUUUUGGUGUCUCCAAAUGUUUCUACAUGUGCUUGCUAGUUAUCAAGAUUUUCUGGAUAGCAUUCUUUCCUUGGAUACUUGAAGACACAAGCUUAUACCAAACAUACAAAGCUACAACGUGGUUUCUAAAUUGUACCAACCUCUGCUUCACUGCCUGCCUGUGUACAUUUUACUGUGCAAAGAUUGCUAACUUCCAGCACUACAUUUUCUUCCUCCUGAAGACGAGAAUCUCCAGAUUGGUACCCUGGAUGCUUCUGGCUUCUUUGCUUGGAUCAUUAGCAACUACGUCACCUUUCUUCAAAGAAAUUUACAUCUUUACAUGCCAAAACAAUAGUAGUUUUGAGAUAUUAGGAAAUGUCACGCUUGAAGGCUUUACAGUAGAAACAAAUUUGGUUCAUUUGUUUCUGUGGUGUGGUCUGGGAUUCACAGUGGCUUUCUUCAUCUCAACCACAUCAACUUUUCUCUUACUCUUUUCUCUGUGGAGACACACCCAGCAGAUGCAGAACAGUUCAGCCAGUUUCAGCAGCCCAAGCAUGGCUGCCCAUUCUCAGGCUGUGAAAAUAAUCAUUUCUCUCUUGGUCAUAAAUGUCAUUAAUUUUGUGUCUUUGAUGGUCCUUCUGUCCAAUAUAUUUCUAGACAGCAGUCUUGCCAGCCGGUUUUGCGCCAUCAUUCUAAAUGCAUGCCCUUCCGUGCAAUCUAGCCUCUUGAUUUGGGGAAAUCCUAAACUGAAAAGGGAAUUCGGUAGAGUUGUGCAUUAUAUCAGGUACAUGUUCUUAUUUGGAAAAGGUAUAAUGAGAGAUGCAUUCUGUCUUCCAUCAAAAAUGAUUGGAAGCGUGAGCUGCAUCCCAAACACACAUUCAUAUUCGUGUAAUCCAGAAGUGAGACAAGUGACACAUGAGGAACGGCAUUAA